AUGAAUAAGGAUUGGAUGCCGAAACCAAAUAAAGCUCAAUGGAAACGAAUUUCACAACGUUUUGAGUCUUUGUGGAACCUCUCAAAUUGUAUCGGUAGCUUAGAUGGUAAACAUAUUCGCAUCGAGAAACUUCCGAAUACUGGUUCGAGUAAUUUAAAUUACAAGGCCUAUCACUCAAUAGUGUUAUUAGGCUGCUGUGAUGCUGACGGCCUUUUUACUAUGAUAGAAACUGGAUAUGCUGGUAGGAACAGCGAUGGAGGGAUAUUUCGAGCUUCAGCAAUGAAAUAUUGGUUAACACGCAAAGAACUUGAUAUACCUUCACCUUCAAAGCUACAAUAUGACGAAAAUGACUGCGAAUUUCCUUAUUAUUUUGUGGGUGAUGAGGCAUAUUUCCAUUAUCGACAUAUUUGA